UCAUUUUUUAGGUUAUGUUGGGAUAGUUAAAGAUGCUACAGAGUCCACAUGUAAAAUUGAAUUACAUGCAAAAUGUCAGACAAUAACAGUCGAUAAAAACCGUAUUAUUGUUUUAUUGGCGAACAGUGGUGAUGUGUCAUCAUAUCAAACAGCCACUCCAUUGCAUGGCUCUCAAACACCUGGUUACAAUGCAUUUGGAGCGCAAACACCAUUGUACGGGUCCCGAACCCCAAUGCUUGGUAGCGGUACACCUCAUUAUGAUGGAAGUCGAACGCCACAUUAUGGAAACAUGACACCACGGCACGAUGGAAGCAUGACACCGGGUGGCGGUGGUGGAGCGUCAGCUUGGGAUCCAAGUUACGCAGCAACACCGAGAGUUGAUUAUGAUGACGAUGAGCCUAGUCCAUAUCAAAAUUUAAAUCCAACCACACCAAGUUAUUCUCAUAUUGAUACAAAUAUACCAUCGACAGGUGCUGCUAGUGUAUCAUCUAUAAAUCAAAAUACAUUUUCACCUUAUAAUCCACAUGCCACACAAUCACCAGGAAUCGAUUAUCAACCUUACAGUAGCCAUAUACCGACGCCUGGUUCCGACUCUUAUCGUGCCCCCGAUCAAUCACCAGCAAAUUAUGUUUAUUCUCCCUCUAUUAACAUGACACCCGUAACACCAAGUGCUCAAUAUACGCCGAUCCCAACUGGAGUCGAGUUUGACGCAUAUUCAAACGAUUGGCAUACAGAAGGCUUAGUUGUUCGUUUAAAAGAUCACUAUGAUGACAUAGCAGCUGGUUCGACAGGUGUUAUACAAAGUAUAACUGGCAAUAUGUGUACAAUUCAUGUAGAAAAAUUAGAUAAAAAAGUGGCGAUCCUAUUAGAUCGUAUUGAACCCGUGAUCCCAAAACAAAAUGAUAAAGUGUGUGUAAUUGGUGGAGAUUAUAAAGGUGCAUUGGGUGAUUUAUUGAGCGUCGAUUAUCAAGAUGGUGUUGUUAAAUUACAUGAAAAUUCGUCAUUAGACGAUAAUAUAACGAUGAUUAAUUUAAGAUAUUUGUCAAAAUACUGUUUAGCUCGAUGUUUCUAUCCCCAUCAAAUCCUGGGUGAAUAUUAUUCAACGGAAAGUGGUCUAGAAACAUUUACAAGAUUUGUUGAUAAUGGUGAUUUCGAACGAAAAAUGUAUCGUCGAGAAUCGGGUGCUGGUGCAUCACAAAAAACAGGUCCAUUAUUAGAAAGUUCCGAUUUAGGUGAAUGUCAUCAAAUUAAUUAUAAAUCAUCACCCACACAACAUCCAUCGAAAGCGUAUUAUCAAUUAAUUUAUAAAGACAAACAAAAGUCUUGUUUUCAAUGUUAUCAUUUGUUUAAUCGUACAAGAAAUAUUUUACAAAUAAGAAAAAGUUCGUGUGAUGAAAUAACAUCGUUACUUACUAACCAAAUGGAUUUUGACGAUUUAUGUAGAAAUAUUAAUGAUCAAGCCGAAUUUACAACAUUAUUUCUGCGUAAAUAUUCCGCUGAAGAAUGUCGAGCAACGAUUUACGGAACAUUUCAUUUUACCUAUGAAUUUCGUGAAGGUGGUAUUGGCAUUUGUGAUCAUGUUCAGUCUCGUUUACAAUCUUGUCCGGAUCCUGGUACACCGUUUGCAGCUAUUAAUGAACGUUUUUGGAUGACAUAUGGUUAUUGUAAACAUAUUACAAGUUCAUUUGAUGCUAAUCAAUUAUUUCAAUGUUUGGGAAGUUGGACAACAGAAGAUGGCAAUGUAUUUACGGCUAUCGCCAAUGAACGAGUUGGCUCCGAAACAUUAUAUAAUAAAUUUCGUUGUAUGUUGACAAGGCAAGAUCAACCACAAUGGUUUGUUAAAUCACAAUUUGCCGAAUGUUCACGUUUGUACAGUCCUACGGAUGGUCCAGAAAAAAUUAUCAUUACACCAACAGUACCGGAAGAACCAACACCAAAAUGUUUUUUCCCCGGAAAUUUUACCGGUGAAUGGAUUAACACAGCAAAUAUAAACUCACGAGUUAUUGUUAAUUCAACACACAUUCAUGAAAUAGUCAAAGUAAAUAAUCGUGGUUGGCUUCGGGAAACAUAUUAUGUUUGUCAACAAACUAGUCGUAGUCAAUUUUUAGUUCAAGCUGUUACAAAAGGAGAAUGUUUCUCGUAUUAUAUUUGUUUUGACUUCAAAGAUCGACAUCAUAAUAUAUUACGAUAUCGAAAGAGUAAAUCGUUUAUGACUGAUAUUUAUCGUGAAUUUUCAAAACGUGAUCCAUUCUUUGAAGUAUGUGCAUGGACAAGUUUUGGAAAUGAUGCUAAUUGGAAAUAUCAAGUAUUUGUUCUUGAUCCGCCAGCGCCAAUUGAAUGUCCAUUUACUGGUAUGUGGACGUUUAAACAAAUUGGUCAAGAAAAUAGUUUGAUUAAAACGCGUAUUCGUGGUGGUGUAACUCCUCGACCUCGUGAUCAUGGCUGGUACAUUACAUGUGAUCCAAAAUACAUGGUAUCUCAGUGGACAAUUUGUGGUGAUCAAACAAAGAGUAUGUUUGUUGAUCGUGAAUAUUGUCGACAACUAGAUCCAUAUGGAACACCUAUUGGUGUGUAUGAAAUGCCCGAUUAUAUUUAUCAAUGUGCUGGUUAUUGGCGUGAAGACAGUCGUUCAAUUUUGAUCACAUAUGAUCGUGAUGAUCCAUUUAUCAAUUAUAAAUGUUGGGUCUAUGAGCGAACAAAUUUAGAUGAAGUAACAUUAUCUCGUUCAGCCGGUUCGGCAUGUGGGGCAAAACAAACAUCAACAAGUUAUCGUCCAGAAGAUGGAGCAGAUUUAAAUAUUCUGUUGAAAGAAUCAGAAAGAAUACACGAUGAUUGUCCAAUUCGUUAUGAUGAUGGUCGUAAUAUAUUUUUGGAUUUAGAAGGAUUUAAUUUUUAUUAUGCGGCUGGUCCUCCAAUGUUCAAAUUAUCAUCGUUUAUAUUGGCAUUUUCAUCAUUAUCAUGUAGUCUAUCUCAAUGUAUAUUUGAUCGUCCAGUAUUAGGUGAAUAUUAUUCGUAUGAAAAUGGUUUAGAAACACAUAGUUCAUUUAAAGAUAAUGGUGAUAUUGAGCGACGAUUCUAUCGUCGACAAUCGGGGCUUGGUGCACAAGCAGGCAUUAUAACCGUGUUAGAUAGUGCCGCAAUUGGAGGAUGUUAUCAAAUUAAUUAUAUAUCAAAUCCAUUUCAACACGUAUCAAAAUGGCAUUAUGAACUUAUCUAUCAGGACAAAGAAAAAUCUUGUUUUCAAUGUUUUGAAAUUUAUAAUCGUACACGAAAUAUUUUACAAAUUAGAAAAAGUGAAUGUGAUGAGAUAACAUCAUUACUAACAAAUACAAUGAAUUUUCAAGAUUUAUGUGCAAGUAUUAAUCAAGAAGCUGAUUUUGAUACACUCUUUUUGAAAACAUUUUCGGCUGAAGAAUGUCGUGCAACGAUUUACGGAACAUUUCAUUUUACAUAUGAAUUUCGUGAAGGAGGUAUUGGUAUCUGUGAUAAUCCAGCUUCACGUUUAGUCUCGUGUCCCGAUCCCGGUACGCCUUUCGAAGCCGUUAAUGAACGUUUUUGGAUGACAUAUGGUUAUUGCAAAGAUUUAGUUAGUUCAAUUGAUGCUCAACCAUUAUACCAAUGCCUUGGCUAUUGGAUAAAUGAAAAUCAAGAUAUUUAUACUGCAAUUGCCAAUGAAAGAGUGGGUUCUGAACGAUGGUAUGAUAAAUUUCGUUGUAUGUUAACAAGACAAGAUCAACCACAAUGGUUUGCAAAGUCAUUGUUUGCUGAAUGUUCACGUUUGUACAGUCCUACGGAUGGUCCAGAAAAAGUGAUUAUUACGCCAGUUGUACCCGAAGUUCCAACGCCAACAUGUUUCUUUCCUGAUAAUUUCACAGGUGAAUGGAUAAAUACGGCAAAUGUUAACGCCAAAGUUAUUAUCAACUCGACACAUAUUCACGAAAUAUCACAAGUAAACAAUCGUGGUUGGCUUCGAGAAACAUAUUAUGUUUGUCAACAGAUCACUCGUAAUCAGUUUCUUGUGAAAACUGUUACAAAAGGAGAAUGUUUUCCAUAUUAUAUUUGUUUUGACUUCAAAGAUCGACACCAUAAUAUAUUACGAUAUCGAAAAAGUAAAUCAUUCAUGUCAAACGUCUAUGACGAUCUAUCAAAACGUGAUCCACUAUUCGAAGUAUGUGCAUGGACAAGUUUUGGAAAUGAUGCUAAUUGGAAAUAUCAAGUAUUUGUUCUUGAUCCGCCAGCACCUGUUGAGUGUCCAUUUACAGGUAUGUGGACGUUUAAACAAGUUGGUCAACCAAACAGUUUAAUUAAUACAAGAAUUAGAGGUGGUGUAACUCCUCGCCCUCGUGAUCAUGGCUGGUACAUUACAUGUGAUCCAAAAUACAUGGUAUCUCAGUGGACAAUUUGUGGUGAUCAAACGAAGAGUAUGUUUGCUGAUCGUGAAUAUUGUCGACAACUAGAUCCAUAUGGAACACCUAUUGGUGUGUAUGAAAUGCCCGAUUAUAUUUAUCAAUGUGCUGGUUAUUGGCGUGAAGAUAGUCGAUCCUAUUUGAUCACUUAUGAUCGUGAUGAUCCUUAUAUCAACUAUAAAUGUUGGGUUUACGAACGAAUGGAUUUAUUCAAAAUUUAUUUAUCACGUUCAGCCGGUUCGGCGUGUGGUUUUAAUCAAACAUCUGAUAGUUACAAGGGAGAAGACGGAGCUGAUCUUUUUAUCCAACUAGAUGAAGCAGAAAGAAUACAUGAUGAUUGUCCAAUUCGUUACGAUGAUGGUCGUAAUCCUUGGUUAGAUAUUGAUGAAUUUUUAUUUUAUUAUGCAUCUGGCACACACUUCAGAACAUCAUUUGUCAUUAUAGUUACAGGUCUAACAUUUCAUCCAAAACGUUCUUGGGUGUUAGCAUCGCUACAUAGUGGUGUCAUACAGUUAUGGGACUAUCGAAUGAAAACAUUAUUAGAUAAAUUUGAUGAACACGAUGGUCCUGUUCGUGGUAUUCAUUUUCACAAUGCUCAACCAUUGUUUGUGUCCGGUGGCGAUGAUUAUAAAAUAAAAGUAGGCUGGCUAAGUGUUUGGAAUUAUAAGCAACGUCGGUGUUUAUUUACAUUAUUGGGUCAUCUUGAUUAUAUCCGUACAACGUUUUUUCAUCAUGAAUAUCCGUGGAUCAUUAGUGCAUCGGACGAUCAAACAAUUCGAAUAUGGAAUUGGCAAUCGAGACAGUGUGUAUGUGUUAUGACUGGUCAUAAUCAUUACGUGAUGUGUGCACAAUUUCAUCCAAGUGAAGAUCUAGUUGUAUCAGCAUCAUUAGAUCAAACGGUUCGUGUGUGGGAUAUAUCCGGUAAUAAAAAUGUUUAUUCCUCUCCUGAUACAAUUCAAUCUCAAAUUCAACGUACAACUGGCACACCCGAUUUAUUUGGACAAGCUGAUGCUGUUGUUAAACAUGUAUUAGAAGGUCAUGAUCGUGGUGUGAACUGGGCCACAUUUCAUUCAACAUUGCCCUUAAUUGUAACAGCAGCUGAUGAUAGAGUAGUGAAAUUAUGGCGAAUGAACGAAAGUAAGGCAUGGGAAGUCGAUACAUGUCGUGGACAUUAUAAUAAUGUGUCAUGUGUCAUAUUCCAUCCAAGACAAGAUCUUAUAUUAAGUAACGGAGAAGAUAAAUCAAUUCGUGUUUGGGAUAUGACAAAGCGAGUUGCUAUAAAUACAUUUCGACGUGAAAAUGAUCGCUUCUGGGUAUUGGCAAUGCAUCCGACAUUGAAUUUAUUCGCUGCUGGUCAUGAUAAUGGAAUGGUUGUAUUUAAACUGGAACGUGAACGACCAGUGUAUGCUGUUGUGGGCAAUAUUGUUUAUUAUGUCAAAGAUAAACAUUUGAGAAAAUUAGAAAUUGUCACAUCUAAAGAUGUACCAUUAAUGACGUUAAGAAGUGGUCCACGCGCUCCCUAUUUUUCCAUGUCAUAUAAUCCAGCUGAAAAUGCUAUAUUGUUAACAACUCGUGUUCCAUCCCAGUUAGACAAUAGUAUUUAUGAUUUAUAUGUUGUACCAAAAGAAAGUUCUGAAUCAACAUCACAAAAUCCAGAUGAGGGCAGACGAUCAUCGGGUUUAAAUGCUGUGUGGGUAGCACGAAAUCGUUUUGCUGUACUGGAUAAAAGUCAUGUUAUUUUAAUUAAAAAUAAUAAAAAUGAGAUAACAAAAAAGAUUCAAUUACCAAAUUGUGAUGAAAUAUUUUAUGCUGGUACUGGUCUUCUAUUAAUUCGUGAACAAGAUCAUGUCACAUUAUAUGAUGCACAACAGAAACGUUCAUUAGCAUCGGUCAGAAUAACAAAAGCAAAAUAUGCCAUAUGGUCAAAUGAUAUGUCCUAUGUAUCGUUGUUAUCAAAACAUCAACUAGUUAUAUGCAAUCGAAAAUUAGAACAAUUAUGUAUGAUACAAGAAAAUGUACCAUUGAAAUCAGGUGCAUGGGAUGAUAGUGGAGUAUUUAUCUAUACUACCAGUAAUCAUAUUAAAUAUGCCUUGUUGAAUGGUGAUCAUGGUAUAAUUCGUACAUUAGACUUACCAAUUUAUAUCACAAAAGUAAAAGGAAAUAGCGUAUUCUGUUUGGAUCGUGAAGUUCGACCACGUUUAUUAACCAUUGAUCCUACAGAAUUUAAAUUUAAAUUAGCAUUAGUUAAUAGAAAAUAUGAUGAAGUACUUCAUAUGGUUCGCACAGCAAAAUUAGUUGGUCAAAGUAUAAUUGCAUAUUUACAAAAAAAAGGUUAUCCGGAAGUGGCACUACAUUUUGUUAAAGAUGAAAAAACAAGAUUUGGUCUAGCAUUAGAAUGUGGAAAUAUUGAUAUUGCAUUAGAAGCAGCGCGAGCAUUAGAUGAUAAACGUUGUUGGGAAAAAUUAGGUGAAACUGCGUUGAUGCAAGGCAAUCAUCAAAUUGUGGAAAUGUCCUAUCAACGAACAAAAAAUUUUGAUAAAUUAGCAUUUCUUUAUCUGAUAACUGGAAAUUUAGAAAAAUUACGAAAAAUGAUGAAAAUUGCCGAAGUCCGAAAAGAUGUUAGUGGCCAAUUUCAAAUUGCUAUGCUGUUGGGUGAUGUUGACGAAAGAGUGAAAUUAUUAAAACAAUGCAAUCAAAAGUCAAUGGCAUAUGUAAUGGCUGCAACGCAUGGUUUAGAUGAAGAGGCUGAAAGUCUAAAACAAGUGUUGGAGACAAGUCAAGAUACUUUACCUGAAAUAAAUACAAAAGCUGAAUUACUUCAACCACCAUGUCCAAUUGCACAGCAAGAAUCAAAUUGGCCAUUAUUAGCUAUAUCCAAGGGAUUUUUUGAAGGUGCAAUGAUCAAAAGUGGUCAAACUGGAUCAACUAGUGGUGCCGGUCUAACUACUCAAGUGCAAACAGCCUUUACACCAAAUGUAACCGUUGAUGAAACAGUGAAUACUGGUGGCGAUUGGGCCGAUGGUGACGCUGAAAUGCUUCUCGAUGAAGAUGGAAAUAGAGAGACGGCAACAAAUGGUGAUGAUACAAAUGAAAAAGGAGAAGGCUGGGGUGAUGAUAUCAAUCUCGAUUUACCAGCUGAUCUUGAUACCAGUGCGGGCGCAAAUGUGGGUACCGACGAUGAUCAAGAAGGAUUUUUUGUUGCACCAACCAAAGGACAAUCUGUACCACAACUUUGGGUUAAUAACUCAAAACUACCCGUUGAUCAUAUACUGGCCGGCUCAUUUGAAUCAGCAAUGAGACUUCUCAAUGAUCAAGUUGGUAUUGUCGAAUUUGAAGAAUAUAAACAAUUAUUUAUUCAAACAUACUCCAGAGCUAAAACAGCGUACACAGCCUUGCCAUCGUUACCAUCAAUAUUUGCUUAUCCAUUAAGAAACUGGCGUGAUGCCACGGUUAAAAACUAUUUACCAUCUAUUGGUGUUAAACUAGAAGAAUUAGUAUCGCGUUUACAACUGGCUUAUCGCUUAACCACCAAUGGAAAAUUUAGUGAAGCUGUUGAAAAAUUUCGUUCCAUCUUAUUAUCUGUACCAUUAUUAAUUGUUGACACAAGACAAGAUGUGUCGGAAGCAACACAACUUAUUGAAAUUUGUCGUGAAUAUAUCAUUGGUUUACAAAUGUCUAUGGCUAAAAAAGAUUUACAAGGUGCUAAUGUUGAAAAGCGUUCAUGUGAAUUGGCCGCCUAUUUUACACAUUGUAAUUUACAGCCUGUACAUAAAAUUAUGACAUUAAAAUCAGCCUUAAAUCAGGCAUUUAAAUUAAAAAAUUAUAAAACUGCAUCAUCGUUUGCUAAAAGAUUAUUAGAAUUGGGACCAACACCAGAUGUAGCACAGCAAACUCGUAAAGUGCUUAGUGUAUGUGAGAAAAAUCCGGUUGAUGAACAACCAAUGAAUUAUGAUGAACAUAAUCCAUUUGAUAUUUGUGCAGCAUCCUACGUACCAAUUUAUAGAGGAAAACCGGUAACAAAAUGUCCGUUGAGUGGUGCCUGUUAUUUACCAGAAUUUAAAGGACAAUUAUGUCGUGUCACAAGAGCAACUGAGAUUGGAAAAGAAUGUUUGGGUUUACGUAUUAGUAUGGCACAAUUUCGAUAG